AUGUCGGGAAAUGUAAUUAUAUAUUUAUUUAAAAAAUUAAUUGCUUUAACUGUAUCUAUAUUAUAUCUAGCUCAAGCAUUUUUGAAUAUAAUUUUAAGAAAACAAAAUAACAGAAUUAGUGAAUUACCAUUUCAUAUAAAAGAAGGAGGAUUAGAUAUGGAAAAUAACACACCCAUUAUGGAUGAUAUUUCUUCAUCAACAUUAAUUUUUCCACCACAACUUUCUCAUAAUGGUUAUACUACUAACACAUUUAAAGAGACAGGAGGAUUAUUAAAUAACACGACAAUUUAUGAUUAUCAACGGAGUCAGAUGCUUCAAAACCAUAAACGUAUUGAGGAAGCAAUGCGUAUAAAAAUAGAAAAAGAAGAAGAAGAAAGAAUAAAAGCUGAAGCACUUGCUGCUGAGGAACAAGAUUUUUUUAAAGAUAUGAUACCAGAAAUAAAAGGAAGAAAAUUAAUAAUUAAUAGUAAUAAUAUAAAUGAUGAAACAAAAGAAUUAAAUAAUUCAAAAUUAUUUUCUGUUGAUGACAAAGCAUUUAUAUUACCAGAGGGCUCUGCCAUACUGGGAGAAUUAGAUGAACAAAUUGAUAAUAAUAUUGAUAAUACAAAUGAAUGGGACACUGAAAUAGAUCUUGAUUCACUUAGUAAAACUGAAAAAGAACAAAAAAGAAAAGAAAGGGAAAUGAGACAUAAGGAGCGUUUAAUAGAACAUCAAAAAAAAUUGAAAGAAAAACGCAGUGAAGGUCAUUAA